AUGGACAAAACAUAUAAAAAUGGUAAAAUUUGGACCAAUCAGGAGUUUGGAUCCAUUACAUUAGAGCCAUGGUUGAUAUUUGGAGACAGGCAGUCAUUUCUUGAUGUGUUUAAGGACUUCUGUGUACAAGAAGGGUUUGGGAUUUAUGUAGCAAAGAGUGACCCAACAAGAUUGAUAGCAAGGUGUGCUAUAGACACAUGCAACUGGAGGAUUCAUGCCUCCACUAUGAAAGACAAGGUCAGCUGGGCAAUCAAGUCUCUGACAGGGGAGCAUAAAAGCUGUGGGAGGUUGGAAAUAAACCCAAUUGUGAGUUCUCAGUGGCUGUGUAGGCAUCUUCACUCAGACAUUCAAGCCAAUCCUGACAUACCAGUUAAGUCUUUGCAGAGACUUUGUAUGGAAAGGUUUAGGCUACAAGUGAAGAAAAGACUCUUGUACAAGGUGAGGGCAAUGCCUAAGGAGAUUAUCCAUGGUGGUUAUGGGAAGGCCUACUCAGUGUUGCCUAGGUAUGCUGAAAUGGUGAAGCAGACCAACCGAGGUAGUUAUGCCCUGGUGACAUGGGGUGAGGCUACUGCAACUGAGCCCUCAAGGUUCAAGGUUGUUUCUUUUCUUUUGCUUCCCAAGAUUGAUGGGAACAAUGAGAUUUUUCUCAUUGCAUAUGGAGUGGUGGGUUAUGAGAGUAUUGACAGUUGGGGCUAUUUUCUCAGGAAUUUGAGGUGCCUAUUUGAGAAAGAAGGUUGUAGGAGAGAUGAUUGGACCUUCAUCUCUGACAGAAUGAAGGGGUUGACACAACAAUUUAUGAAACAUUCCCUAGAGCAACAAGAAGAGUGUGUUGCCAGCACCUAUACAUGA